AUGUACAUUGGAGUGCUAUCAAAGAAAACUGACGAGAAGUUUGACCUGAAAAAUGACUCCAAAUUCGGUGGCGCCCCCGUGUGGUUAUAUGGGAAAAAACCAACGAACUUUAGUUUGGAGUGUCCAACGUGCAAAAAUGACUUGACGUUUUUAUUCCAAUUAUCAACAUCGUAUAAUGAGUACGUAAGAGUACUAUACUUGUUUUGCUGCCUGAACAGUGGGAAGUGCAAUGUGAAUAAGAAUAGUUGGGUGUGCAUUAAGGGGAAAAAAAAGCUAUUUCAAAAUGUGGGUGGUGAUCAAGUAGGCUCAGAGUUAGGGAUAGACGGCUGUGUUAAAGGGGAAAUGUGUCACAAUGGAAGAGCAAAUCCAAAUGAUCCCCAAAAAGGAGUCUUCUCCAAUUGUAGCAGAACAAAUAGGAGACAACCCAUUUUUGAUUUCUCAAACGAAAAUAUAAAAAAAGAAGAUUGUGUCACACAAGAUGUAAGUUUUAUGGAGGAAAAAUUAAUCGACUGGAAAUCCUUAUUUUCGAAUAGUGCUACGGAACAGAAAAGGAACAACUCAUUUUUUGGUAAUGCCAUUAGUGCAUCCUUCAUUGGUGUAAAUGAAAAGCCAAGACAUCACGAUUCACCUGUGGUAGGUAAUAAUUUCCAAGCAAGUGAACCUAACGAGGGAGACGAACUUCUUCUUGGGAUGCCCCAAACGAGCCAGGAAGAUGAAAAAUUGAUGCAAGAAGAAGAGGAAGAAGAAGGCACCAGGUAUAAAUUACCCACUUUUUACAUUUCCCUGAUUGAAGACGAUGGAGUUGAUUGUGGACAAGCAGACUACCUCUAUGAAAAGGCCAAAAAAAUGCAUGAAACGUAUGAACAACGAAAUAAGGAAAAUACGGAAGAGGACGCAGAUUUUGCGAUAGGGAAUGAUCACGAUCUGGAUGACAUUGGUGAUAUCGAAUUCUUCGAAAAUGAUUUUAACGGAUGUGUAAAAUUUUAUUCAUACUUGAGUAAAAACUACAAUCAAAUAUUAAGGUAUUCUUAUAAUGGGAAGUUUUUAUACAUGUAUAAAUCCACAAAGAAAUACAUCAAGGAACACACCAUGACAUGUGCACACUGUGGGAGCAAGCUACUCUUCGAGAUGCAAUUUUUUUCCACUUUUGUGUAUCAUAUAGAGAGAAAACUAGAAGAAGAAAUGGCUAACCUUCCGAACAAUUCGUUAAACAAUUUCAACGUGGGCAAUGUCAUGAUAUUCACAUGUGAACAGGACUGCGUUACGGUGAACGAUAUGUAUUCAUAUGAGUGUGUUGAGUUGGAAGUGUUUUAG